CACCAGCAAGGAGUUCAUCUCGAAACAGCAUUAGCAAUGGAGGUCCCGCUUUUCCAUGUGGACACAUUCACUGACAAGAUCUUCGGUGGCAAUCCAACUGCCGUGGCCUUCUUGGAAUACUGGUUGGAACCACUUGUACUUCAACAGAUCGCCAAGCAAACCAAUAUGCCCGCCACGGUCUUCAUUGUGGGCACCGAAGAGGAACAUGUAUGGAGAAUCCGAUGGUUUUCGCCAGACUUUGAAAUCGACCUCUGCGGGCAUGGAACUCUGGCCUCCGCUCAUGCCAUCUUCGAAAUGUAUCCUCACCUCUCUAGUAUUACAAUGAUGUCAGACAUCAGUGGAGUCCUGGAGAUUGAGAAACCCUAUCCUGGACUUUACCAAAUGACUUUCCCGACUCGACCACCGGUCAAGAUUGAACUUGACGAAGUGCCUGAAUGCAUUCUCAAGGGAAUUGGAACCCUUCCCAAGGAAAUCUGGAAAUCCCGAGACUACCUCUUUAUCUACGACACUGAAGAAGAAGUCGCAGCCCUCAAACCCAAUCAGGUGAUUUUGGGAGAGAUCAACCUCGACCCUGGUGGCAUUGUGGCCACCGCUCCCGCCACCCGAUCAGCCGGUGUGGACUUUGUGUCCCGAUUCUUCACCCCUCAGUCAAUAAUUUUCGAAGAUCCCGCGACCGGUUCCUCUCACUGCAGCCUCGUCCCUUUCUGGGCUCAACGCCUGGGCAAACAACAGCUGACGGCUUCUCAAAUUUCGGAUCGAGGCGGGAAAUUGACUUGCUUUUACCGGGAUCAAUUUGUUCUACUCCAAGGACAGGCAGUUACAUUUAUGAAGGGUCUCAUUCGCUUGGCUGAGUAGCGGAGAAAACGUUGACUAGCUGCAACAGAGCAAUAUGACAGCUUUUGAUUUUUUUUUAUUUGCUCAUUUGGCAAACAUGCCAUUUUAUUGCGAUAAAUGGCAUUGACUUGAAAAUGCAGAAAAAGGUACGUCUGAAAGCUCAAAUUACAGUUCUUGUGUGAAAUAAACAGUCGAAGCAGAA